AUGAAAGUCAUUUUUGGAUACAGAAGAUACUUGGAUACAAAGCACAGCUGUUCUGUUCUGGAUGCAGCAUUCAAGAGAUAUUUUUCCAUUUUAUUUCCAGGAUACUCUUAUGGUAAGUGGAAUGACACUCUACAACUCAGUGAGAAUGAGGUAUUCACUCUCACAAUUAGUCUUGAUCGUCAUGACUGUGAGGGUUACCCAAAUCAAGACUCUUCAGAGAGAUACAAAUUGAGUGUCUUUGCUGGGCAAGCAUCUCUGAAUGCAGAAACUGUGUGGGGUUCUCUAAGAGGUCUUGAAACCUUCAGUCAGUUGGUGUAUCAAGAUGAUUUUGGCUCAUAUUAUAUUAACAAGACUGAGAUUGAGGACUACCCACAAUUUAACUAUAGAGGAAUUUUACUGGACACUUCACGCCACUACUUACCAGUGCAGGCCAUUUUAAAAACUCUGGAUGCAAUGGCCUACAGUAAGUUCAAUGUAUUUCACUGGCACCUUGUUGACGAUCCAUCAUUCCCUUACCAAAGCCACAAAUUCCCAGACCUUUCCAAUAAGGGGGCUUUCCAUCCAGUGACUCACGUCUACACACAGUCAGAUGUGAGAAGGGUGAUCUCAUAUGCCAGGAUGCGAGGAAUAAGAGUCCUUCCGGAGUUUGAUUCACCAGGCCACACAAAAUCUUGGGGAAAAGGUCAGUCUGAGUUGUUGACUCCCUGCUACAGAGGGGGCACUCCUUCAGGGACUUUUGGACCUGUUAAUCCAACACUACCCUCCACAUAUCAGUUCAUGUUGUCACUUUUGAAGGAAGUGGCCUCUGUGUUUCCUGACCCCUACAUCCACUUAGGAGGAGAUGAGGUUGACUUUUCUUGCUGGAGAUCAAAUCCUUACAUCCGUGCAUUCAUGUACAAGAUGGGUUUUGGAUUGGACUUUUCUAAACUGGAAGCAUUCUACAUUGAAAAAAUUGUGAACAUCACAUCAGUACUCAGGAAGACAUCCAUUGUGUGGCAAGAUGUUUUUGACUACCAUGAACGACGCAGGUUUUUGUCAGUGGUGGAGGUGUGGAAACAGGGCUGUUACCUUUGUGAAGUACGCAGGGUUGUUAAAGCUGGACUCAGGGUGAUUCUGGCCUCUCCGUGGUAUCUGGACCAGCCUGGACCCACACACAACUGGGCCCGCUACUAUAAUGUGUGGCCACUAGCCUUCAAAGGUACUGAGAAGCAGAAGAGUUUAGUGAUCGGGGGAGAAGUCUGUCUGUGGGGGGAAUAUGUAGAUGCUACCAACCUAUCCCCACGUCUCUGGCCAAGAGCAAGUGCUGCAGCUGAGAGACUGUGGAGCAAUGAGAGGCAAACCUCCUGUGUGGAAAGAGCAUUUCCACGACUACAGGAAUUUCGAUGCAAGCUCCUAAGACGUGGAAUCCAAGCUGAACCUCUUUAUGUUGGCCACUGCAAACAUGAGUAUCAAAGUGUUUAAAGGAUGAUUUUGCAUGCAACCUUUUUAAUCAUUAGUAAAAAGAGAA